AUGUCUCUCGUCACAUUCCGCCCCGCGACCCCAACUGACGCACCGCAAUUACUUCCCCUCAUAAUCUCAGCCUACAGAGGGCCAUCCUCCCGCGCCGGCUGGACUACUGAGGCCGACCUGCUCGCCGACGAGCGUAUAUCCAUCGAAUCCCUCAUCGCCAAAAUCACCGACCCAGCAGGUGUCGUUCUCCUGGCUUUUGCCUCCUCACCUUCAUCCACGGGCACAACCACACCGGAAUCGGAAUCAGACAGCGUUCGCGACUCUGGACUUGUUGCAUGCUGUGAGGUCCUUGAAAAGAGCAAUGGUCGUGCGUACUUCGGUCUCUUUGCUGUGUCGCCGAAGCUGCAGGCUGGUGGAAUUGGAAGGCAGGUUUUGCAGUACGCAGAGAACUAUGCCAAGAGAGAAUGGGGAACCAAGAUUAUGACCAUGCAAGUCAUCUGGACACGGGCAGAGUUGAUUGCUUGGUAUAUGCGGAGAGGAUAUGUUCGUACGGGUGAGAAGAGUCCGUUCCCUUAUGCAGAGCUUGUGAAUGGCAAGGCGUUGAGGGAUGAUUUGUACUUUGAACAUUUCGAGAAGGAGUUGGCAUGA